AGUUGAAGGUCACGUGGGGAGGACUGAGUGUGCCAAUUAAAGACGCGGAAGCGCGGCUGGGCCGGGGGCAGGUUUGGGAUGACAUCUGAGCAUUUAAAGGGCUGAAGUCAGUUGACCGACUCCAGCCCGCGUCUAGUCCUGGGGGCCAGGGUCGCGGCCGCAGCGGGGUGGAGAUGACUGCGGGGCGACCCAGCGCAGUGCCCAUGGGCAGACCCGGGACGCCGCGGAUGCUGGGAUUCUGGGGAGUCUGUAGGAUUCAGUUAUUUGCCUCUGUCUUUCUGUUGCUUUUGUCUCCGGCAGCAUUCGGGGCUAGGACAAAGAACGACUUCAGUCUGGUUCAUCCGCUGGUGACCAUGGAGCAGCUACUGUGGGUGAGCGGGAAGCAGAUCGGCUCUGUGGACACCUUCCGCAUCCCGCUCAUCACCACCACUCCUCGGGGCACUCUUCUUGCUUUCGCUGAGGCCAGAAAAAUGUCAGCCUCAGAUAAAGGAGCCAAGUUCAUUGCUCUGCGGAGGUCUAUGGACCAGGGCAGCACAUGGUCUCCAACAGCUUUCAUUGUGGACGACGGGGUGACCCCAGAUGGGCUAAACUUGGGGGCCGUGGUGAGCGACGCAACGACAGGAGUGGUCUUCCUUUUCUACUCCCUCUGUGCUCACAAGGCUGGCUGCCAGGUGGCCUCCACCAUGUUGGUGUGGAGCAAGGAUGACGGUGUUUCCUGGAGCUCACCCCGGAACCUCUCCUUGGAUAUAGGCACCGAGAUGUUUGCCCCCGGCCCGGGGUCUGGCAUUCAGAAACAGCAGGAGCCACGAAAGGGCCGGCUCAUCGUGUGUGGCCAUGGGACGCUGGAGCGGGACGGGGUCUUCUGCCUCCUCAGUGAUGACCAUGGUGCUUCCUGGCACUAUGGGAGCGGGAUCAGCGGCAUCCCCUACGGCCAGCCCAAGCGGGAAAACGAUUUCAACCCCGACGAGUGCCAGCCCUAUGAGCUCCCAGACGGCUCAGUUGUCAUCAAUGCCCGGAACCAGAACAACUACCACUGCCGCUGCCGCAUCAUCCUCCGCAGCUACGACGCCUGCGAGACGCUGAGGCCGCGGGAUGUGACCUUUGACCCCGAGCUCGUGGACCCUGUAGUUGCUGCAGGAGCUGUAGCCACCAGCUCAGGCAUUGUCUUCUUCUCCAACCCUGCCCAUCCAGAGUUCCGGGUGAACCUGACCCUGCGCUGGAGCUUCAGUAACGGUACCUCUUGGCGGAAGGAGACGGUCCAGCUGUGGCCAGGGCCCAGUGGCUACUCCUCACUGGCAACCCUGGAGGGCAGCGUGGGUGGGGAGGAGCAGGCCCCUCAGCUUUAUGUUCUGUAUGAGAAAGGCCGGAACCAGUACACAGAGAGCAUCUCCCUGGCCAAAGUCAGCAUCUAUGGGAGCCUGUGAGCUGCAUACCUACCAUGGGGGUAGGAGGCCCUGGACUGAGCCUCAGGACCAUGGGUCUGUACAGGGUCUGCUGGACGACCCUAGAAGACCAUUCCACCUUCCCUUAGAUUCUAGUCUUUUGGGAAAUCAGCUUCUCUUUGACAGGGAAAUCUCUAGGACUAAAAUCCUGGCUCCUCCCCACAGGAAGAGUGCCCACACCUGGGAGCACUUCCCUUCCACAUUGCUGGGUCUGCCCCAGGCCCUCUCUGCCCUCCCAGGACAACAAUUGGUCCUUUUCUUGGGCAGGGCUUGGUGGGCUUGUAGCAUUAAAUAACUGUCAACUCAGGGAAUCUGGAAAGGCUUACCUCUUUGGGGUGAGAUCUUCACUUUGAAGAGGGUUGGUGAAAGUCCCAGAAGGGCAGGAAGUUUGGUUGCAGGGUAAGGAAUGAGGUGCACCACUCACUUUGACUAUUUAUGAAUCAAACUGUUUAUACUUAAUGAAUGUUUUAAAUGAAGGAGAAUGAAUAUUUACA